AUGGAAUUCGUCCAAAAAGCCAUGGAGACGUUUAGCUCCGGCGGUGGCGGCAGCGGCCGGCAGACGGAAUUCGUUGAGGAGCGCACCACUGAGUACUACUCCGGCCCUGCACAGUCGGCGGCUGCAGACGGUGGCCCUCCUCUCCCUCGUCCAUGGGUCGCUCGCUGGGCUGAGCAAGACCGACGCUGGUACUACCUCAACGAGGAGACGGGCCAGACGUUGUGGGAGCGACCCGGCGCUGGAUAUCAGGGCGGAUAUGAAGGCCAGCGCGGUUAUGCUGGUGGAACAGAGUAUUACCAAGAGGAACGGUAUCAGGAAGCGCCGAAAAAGGACCACAGUCUUGCGUAUGGUGCCGCGGGUGCUGCAGCGGGACUGGUUGGGGGCGCGCUUUUGAUGCAUGAAGGGGAAAAGAUUCAUGAUGAAUGGGAUGGUGAGAAGGAGCGUGUCGAGGAGCGUGUUGAGGAUUUUCCGGAGAAUGCAGCUGCGUGGACAGGUGAAAAGGUCGGUGAAGCAGAGUACGGCGUGAAUCGAUUCGAGCAGGGUGUUGAAAAUUUCCCUGAAAAUGCGGCCGAAUGGGUCGGCGACAAAGUCGGUGGUGUUGAGCGGUUUGGGGACGAGGUUGAUUAUGCAUAUGAUGAGGGGAGGGCUGAAGGGCGAGCCGGAUGGUGA